GAAGAUGAGGAGAUAGAGACAGAAUGUAACUGACAGUGUUUCCAGGGCAGACGCAAGGCAUAGCCACAGGGAGGAGACGGCGACAGCCACUUUGAUGGAAACUUCAGAGCUUGGAUGUGGCGGAUGUUCCUGUGGCCCAUCUCCAUGACACUGAAUUUCAUCCCAACAUGGAUACAAAAGCCUGCAACAGUUCAGAUGGUUCCCCCAUCUUCUUUUAUCUGAUGGGCAUCCCUUCCCUCCCAAAGUCCCUUUUCCUCCCUGUCUUCUUCAUCUUCCUUAUCCUGUAUCUCCUUGUCAUCAUUGGCAACUUCCUGCUCUUGGUGGCUGUGGUGGUUGACUCCAAGCUUCACAAGCCCAUGUACUUCUUCCUGACCAAUCUCUCAGCCCUGGACAUCCUCUUUACCACAACCACAAUCCCCAGAAUGCUCUCCCUUUUUUUGCUAGGGGAUCGCAUCCUUUCCUUCCCAGCUUGCUUCCUGCAAAUGUACUUCUUCCAUAGCUUUUCUUGCACUGAGGCCUUUAUACUGGUGGUCAUGGCCUAUGACCGCUAUGAAGCUAUCUGUCACCCAUUGCACUAUACAGUCCGCAUGACUCCACAGGUCAAUGUCAAGCUGGCAGCAAGUGCCUGGUUGGCAGCCCUCCUGCUGCCUAUCCCAGCUGUGGUCCAGUCAUCCCAGAUGGCCUUUGGUACCCUGGUCCAGGUCUUGCACUGUUUCUGUGACCAUCUGGCAGUGGUUCAGGCCUCUUGCUCAGACCCCAACUUCCAGACGUUCCUGGGUUUCUGCUGUGCCAUGGCUGUCUCCUUCACACCCCUGCUACUGGUGGUCCUAUCCUAUGCUCGAAUCCUUAUCUCCAUCCUGAAGAUCAGCUCAAAGGAGGGUCGGGCAAAGGCCUUCUCCACAUGCACAUCUCAUCUCCUUGUUGUUGGUACCUACUACACAUCUAUUGCUGUGUCCUAUGUGGCCUACAGGGCUGACCUUCCUGUAGACUUCCACAUAAUGGGGAAUGUGGUAUAUGCCAUCCUCACACCUGUGGUGAACCCCCUCAUCUAUACCCUGAGGAACAAGGAUGUCAAAGCAGCCAUCACCAAAUUCAUGAUUCCUUGAAAGAGAAGAUGAUGAGCUUCCUAUUAACUAUAGCCAUCUAUUUCUUCUCCACGCCACCCACCACCCCCAUUUAUUUAUCACCAAGGAGAACAAUCACACCUGGCUGACAAGUGGAGGCAAUCACCUGUCCCCCUGGGUGUCAGUUUUCUCCCAAAGUUGCAACACAUCUACCUCUUGCCUUUGCAAUUCUAGUGAUGUAAAAUUGACGGAAUAAAAUAGCAUUUUGUAUGGUGAUCCACAUGCAGACCAAAA